GUGGAAACAGAUCGUUCCCCUACGAUCGAACACGGGCUGCCCUCCCCUCCGUCCAAACGCACAAGACAGACCGUUGUAGACCAAAGAGUCACAAUCCAUCUCAUUAGCAAUGAUGAUGUUGACUAUGACAGCUCCGGAAGCGCCUACAACUACUGCCAUUGGUGACGAUACAAAACCUUUCCCUCCGGCGAGUAGCUUAAAAGAUGAAGAAACUACCAGCCUUAGAAGCAACGCUAGUAGUUGUACCAGCCUCAAUAGUAGUUGUAGCCACGACACUGACACUUCCUGUGCACGCGCACUCCCACCCUCACUCGAUCCGAGCACGAAGAAACGCAAGCGCGUCUCCUUUAGCCUGCAGCAAACAGCCUAUUUCUCACCGGAGCAGAUGCUGAGCAAACAAGAACGAAAGAGCCAGUGUUGGUACUCGGAAGUAGAACUGAGCCUGUCGCGAGAAGAAGCCCGCGCAGCGAUAGCGGCCCUGCACCACCAGCUCCAGCUGGAUGCCGCCGCCGCUGCUGCGGCAUCCGCGGGAACCCACGGAAAAAGGCAACCAUCGCCAGCGCAACCCACGGAACUCUCGAACGAGUACGGGAGCUGGGUGCUCCGGUGUCCACACGACGAGACAAAGAUUGUAUGUCUGAGGGGAAUCGAAAAAUACGCGGACGCCGCGGCCAAGUACGCUGGACAGAAACGCCUCGUGGACUCGGUGCUGCAGCAACAGAGCCUCAACAGCGAAGACAUACACGUGGCCCUGGUCUCGCGGACCCUGUCCCAGCCCUUUACGGAAGUGGCCCGGUACUACGCCGUGAAGUCGGCCGAAGAACUGGACCUGUGCCGAAAGCACGAACAAGAGAAGGAGCGAAACCAAACCGAAGAACGAAAGCAGCAGGAAGAAGUCGCAACCGUUCUCUUGUUGAUCAUGGGACAGCAGGAGAACCGAGAGGGAACGCUCCACGAACCGCCGCACCACCCACCGGGCACCCCGUCCCCUUCACCAUCUUCCUCCAAGCUUCAAGAAGACAGUCCUAUUGUCACGCCCCGUGGAUCUGCCUCGGGCAAGCGAUCCUCCUCGUUCUCGAACUCACCUCUGUGCGAACAACGAAACGUGAAGCCGUGCAUACGAGCGGUUUCCGAUCGAUGAAGAGGCAAGAGAGCCCGUGCGAGAGCAGAGCACCAUGCAAUGAUUCAUAGAAGUAGCACCAAAACCGCACAACACGACGCUACAAACAAGUAUCCAACCAGCAUCAAAGGAGUUGAAUCGAUCGAUCGGUUCAUCCGCAAUGUUCGGCUGCGCUUGUAUCAAAGCCACACCACAUUUUACCAAUCCAACCAUACAAUCGAUAUCAUACCUUGAUUGAUACAAUAAAAGUUUUCAGCACUG